UGGCUGCUGCCGGCUGGCGCCUGGCGCGGGGCCGCCGCUAGGUGCCCGGGAUGGAGCCCGGCGGGCCGGGGGAACAGGCCGACUGGAUGCGGUUCCUGCGGAAGCUCAAGGAGGUCUUCGACGUGUGCGACGAGGACGCGGACGGCUUCAUCCGGGUGCAGCAUUUCGUCGCCCUGGGGCUGCAGUUCGGCCAAGGGGAUGAGGUGGAAAAAUUGGCUAAAUACUUGGACCCAAAUGACCUGGGAAGAAUCAACUUCAAGGAUUUCUGUCAUGGAGUUUUUGCUAUCAAAGGCUGUGAAGAGUUACUGAAGGAUGUGCUGGCUGUCGAAAACCCAGGGUGUCAGCACUAUGAGCCACAGUACGUGGAUUACUACUACCAGGGUAGCGAAAUCCAGGACGGUGCCUAUUUGGACGGUGAAAGUGUGUACAGUGAGUCAGAGCUGUUUCCUGAUGAAGACACGAUGACCCUAGCCCAGCAAGAGGUCCACCAUGAGUCCGACAUGGACAGUGCCAUUGAGAGCGCGCAGAGCUCUGAGGCAUCUGACGUGUGUGGCAGUGAAGAGAAGGACAGCGUGCUCAGUGGACUCUUUCUGCCUGUAGACAAGUCAAGUCCUCACAACCCCUCUGCAGCCUCUGACCUCUCCACCUAUUCCACCGCCUCUCUGAUCAGUAACGAGGAACAAUUUGAAGACUAUGGGGAAGGAGACGAUGUGGAUUAUACUCCCAGCAGUCCAUGCCCGGAUGAUGAGACCAGAACCAACGCCUACUCUGACCUUGGCUCAUCUGUGUCUUCCAGUGCUGGGCAAACACCAAGGAAAAUGAGGCACAUUUAUAACAGCGAGUUAUUGGAUGUCUACUGCUCACAGUGCUGCAAAAAAAUAAACCUGCUUAAUGACUUGGAAGCGAGGCUGAAAAACUUGAAAGCAAACAGCCCCAACCGAAAAAUCUCAAGCACAGCUUUUGGAAGACAACUCUUCCAGAACAGUAACUUCAGCAGCAGCAAUGGCAGCACAGAGGACUUGUUCAGAGACAGCAUAGACUCGUGUGAUAAUGAUAUCACUGAAAAGGUCACUUAUUUAGAAAAAAAGGUGACGGAACUGGAGAAUGAUAACAUGACAAAUGGAGACCUGAAGAGCAAACUGAAACAGGAGAACACACAGCUAGUUCACAGAGUUAAUGAACUAGAAGAACUGUUGAAAGACCAGGAGACAUCAGCUGAACAAACGCUGGAAGAAGAAAUAAAAAGGCACAGAGAAGCAUACAGCAAGUAUGAAAAAGAAAAGGGCACUGAAAUUGAACUGCUAAAUACAAGGGUUCAACAGCUUGAAGAAGAAAAUGGUGAACUCAAAACCACGGUCACACGACUGAAAUCGCAAACCGAGAAACUAGAUGAGGAGAGGCAACGCAUGUCGGAUAGGCUAGAAGACACCAGUUUGCGGCUGAAGGACGAGAUGGACUUGUACAAAAGGAUGAUGGACAAACUGCGACAGAAUAGACUAGAGUUUAACAAGGAGAGGGAAGCUACGCAGGAGCUCAUUGAGGACUUGCGAAAGGAACUGGAGCAUUUGCAGCUGUACAAACUAGACUGUGAGCGCCCCGGCCGGGGGAGAAGCUCCUCGUCUAGUGUGAGUGAAUUCAAUGCAAGAACGAGGGAAGUGGAAAUGGAGCAUGAAAUUAAACGGCUAAAGCAGGAGAAUCAGAAACUUCGUGACCAGAAUGAUGACCUUAAUGGACAGAUCCUAAGUCUUAGUCUUUACGAAGCUAAGAAUCUCUUUGCAACACAGACAAAAGCCCAAUCACUGGCUGCUGAAAUCGACUCUGCAUCAAGAGAUGAGCUCAUGGAAGCUCUUAAAGAACAGGAGGAAAUAAACUACAGAUUGCGACAGUAUAUGGACAAGAUUAUUUUGGCCAUCCUAGACCACAACCCAUCUAUCCUGGAAAUAAAAAACUGAAGGACACACAAAGCAAUUGCCUGAUAUUUCUGCACGUGCCACUGGAUCUAAACAUCACUCUGAUACUGUAAAUGAUUCUAUAUAUAUCUUAUGUGUGAGUGUGGUAUGUUUUAUAUGAUGUCUGGUACACUUAUCUGUGAGUCAUCAAAUUGGCUUGAUUUUUUUUCAUGCACUUUCAAUAUCUGACAAGAUCGCUACUGUAUAUUAAUGUAAUAACAAUAUAACUGGAUCACGGUGUUUUAGCUACUGGACAUAAUGACUCUACCUCUGAUUGUAAGGGUGAAAUACAAUGGAAACAUAUGGAUGUCACCCCUCCCUUUAAGAACAAGAAUUACUCUUUCAUUCUUUCAAAUGAAUGAGGAUACUCCCAAAAAUUGGACAUAUCCAGGUGUGAUUCCUGACUGGUGCUGACUACAUCACUCUCUGUUGAAUUUAGCUUUGCCAGAGCUUUACUACUGAAACCACAAAGAGGUAAAAAUAAACAUUUGGUCAAACCUGUAUCUUUAAAAAAAAAAAAAAAAAAAAGGGAGGAAUAUCUGUAUUGGGGGAGGAGAUCAAACUGCAGAAUUGUUACUAUCUAUGUAAAAACACCAUCCACUUGUGUGCCACUGUCAGCAAAAAGUGCUUUUAAUAUGAAGGCCACAUAUCCAACAUCAGGAUGAUUGCCAGUCUGUUGUCUAGUGUGGGCAUGUGUAUAUAUUGUGCCUAGGUUUCUAUAGCAUUGAGGAAUUGCAAUGCAUGCCCUUAUUUUCAGGGGUUUAUCACUGGGCCAUUUUAAAAUUAAUUCUGGGAUCCUACUCCUCUGCAUUUUAAGGCUUCAGCCAGGGAACACAUUCUAUUUCUUUUAAAUGUUACGGCCUGCAUGCAAAUCCACUUCAUUAUUUUAAAGAAAAACUUUAACUUAAACAACUAGCUUAUUUCCCUUCCCCACCACCGAAGCACGCGGUUCCACUUCUGGGGGUGGGCGGGGGUGGGGGAGAAUGGUGAGGUCCUCCUACAGUUUUGCAGUUGGUUAAUCCCUGAUGUAAACUAAUUUAACCUUUGGAGUGGUUAAAAGUAGAAAGCACACUUAAGACACCAGUAACAGGUAAUGUGUUCCACCACCAACCCCACUGUUUCACACUGCACAAGAGCCUGCAUUCACUACCCAAAUUUCCCAUCCCAGAUACUGUAUCUCCUGUCCGAAUACACACACAUUCAUAUGCUCUGAAUCAGGAAAGUACACAAGCACUUGCUUAGCUUUGAGCAUAUACUGUACUUCCAUCCCACUGGAGUUAAGGAUAUGCUUAAAGUUAAGCACUUGCAUAAGUGCGGUCCUGACUAGGGAUGGGUAUAAACACCAUUUAUGUGCUUCCUGAAUUGGGUCCAUUUCUGUAGAAUUAAGACCUUUUAACUAAAAGUAAAAUCAGCUAGAAGUUAAAUGCUGUGAAAUUUUAUUCCACGCACUAAACAUCUGUUUAAAAAAAAAAUUUAAAAAAUUUACAUGCUUUAAACUUAAAAAACGGGUGGGGGAGGAAAAAAUCCACCCUUUGUUUCAUACCAAUUGGCACAAGCAGGGAAACUCUCUGGUCUGUUUCUCUGUAAUCAAAUAUCUGGCUUUUGCCUACAGGCAUAGAGAUGUUUUCUUGUUUGUUUUAACACACUCCUUGAAAAUGGACUGUUACAGUAGAUGUGACUAAUUUUCUGUAUAUAGCUGCUGUUGGCAGUUUGUCUCUCACCUACCAUUGUCUUUAUGUAUUUUUGUUUCUGUAUGUAAUGCAUUUUUUCCGUAAUCUGAAUACUUAGAGCAUGUGUUGUUACCGAUGUAAAUAUAUAUAUAUAUAUUUUUUUUCUGCAGCUGCUGUACUCUUGCCUUCAGUGAUAUCUAAUUGGAGUAACGGGCAGGUGUGGGGAAGCACUGAAAAUGGGCUUUCCUGAAGGCAAGACCAUAAAACCAAUUCAGUUAUUUAUUUGAAUCUAUCAGUUGUUAAGCUCUAGGUAGGGCCAUGGGACUGGAGAAGGCUAAUGAUGAAAAUUUAAUUGUCCUUUCAGGCCUGGGUGAACUGUAUAAGGGCUCAUCUCUACUGGAAAAAUGUCAUUUUGGUGUUUAACAUUAAACGCUUAAGGAUAGAUUCUUAGCAGAGGAGAUUAGGGAGAAGGGAUCUCUCUAAGCCACCCCUUUGCUCCCCUGAUUUUGGAGCAGCCAGAGGGCAAAAUUGAGUCCACAGUAACUAUGCUAAAUUACACGGGAUCUGGCAGUCCUGCACUGGUUCCACCGUAGGAGAUCAGGCAGAGCAUCAUCCCCUCCCCCACUCCUUGCUUCUCCUAUAAGGGGACUGAUGGGGCAACUGAUGAGGUUGAAACGGCUGUGCCAGCUUAAUCCUACCCAAGGAUUUCCCUCUAGUGGAAGGAUCCUUCGCUGCAGAGCUGUAACAAGGAAUUUUUGCGCCAACGCAAGGGCCGGCUCCAGGCUCUUCGGUGGCAUUUCAGCGGAGGGUCCCUCAGUCCCUGUCGGAGGGAAGAACCUCCCGCCGAAUUGCCACCGCCAUUUCAGUCAUUCUUUGACUGCAAUUUGGCAGCGGGUCCUUCUCUCCGAGAGGGACUUGCUGCCAAAGAAUGAAUGAAGUGGCGGUGGCAAUUCGGCGGGAGGUUCUUCCCUCCGACAGGGACUCGGGGACCUGCUGCCAAAGAAGCAGUGGCAGUAGAGCUGUCGCCAAAGCACCGCUGAUCACGGUAGAGGUGCGCCCCUCCGCUUUGCGCGCCUGAGGCAAGUAUCUCACUCGCCUCGCCCUUGUUACGGUGCUGCUUCGCUGUGCUUCAGCACUGAAGUUUCCACCUGCUUUGUGCUGCCUCUGAGUCUGUGCCAUGGAUCUGGCCUUCUGCCUACACAUGGACUAUCCUGUGUUUAAAAUCAUGUAAGCUGUCCAUAAUUAACCUUAAGAUGUGAUCUAGGUUUAGGUGGCCCUUGGGGUAAACUAUGACCAGCAGACAUAAUACUAGACCCAGUGGUCCUUGUUUGUAACUGUGCUAAAGUGCAUUUUUACUAUUCUAAAGCAAUGAAAUUUGCCAGUGUAGAUGAAGCUACUGCUGUUUCAGAUUGGAAACUGUUCCCUUCUUUAAAUAUUUGGGGAAAUACUCAGGUUUUCAAACAUUUUUCUUUUAAAUAAACAAAAUCCAACAUUCAGAAUUUUGUAAUGUAACACUUUAAAAGCCUUUAUGAGGGUGGGGCCGGUCAAUUGGUGGUUUGAGUAAAGAGUGAAUAAGAGUUUCAGGUUUUGGUUAAUGGAAAAUUACUAAAUUGGAUGUUUUAGCAGCUGAAAGCCUGCUCACAUUGAACUAAACAGCAAAACUCCCCUGGAGUUCAGUGGAUGCAGGAUUGGGCCAUACAUAAUUAGGGUCAAACUCACCCCCUGUGCAGAGGACUUAUCUGAGCAGUAAAUAGUCUGUUUCACUUAAAUCCUCACAAUAGCAUUUGAGCUACCUGUACACAUAGGUCAAUUUCAUGCUUAUGGCUAGAUUUUUAGAAGUGUUUAACAGGUGACUGGGCAGCUGCUGGGUGCUAAGAACUUGAAAAUCUGUUCCUCAAUCCAUAGUGUUCUAAAACAGUUGCCUUAAAUAGGUUUUGAUUGCAUAAAAGGCAAUUACAUCUCCAUGCCUGAGGGGAAUUACUUGAUAUGAUAGUUUGUAUAUUUAUUUUUAAUGUUACCUUUUUCUGAAUGAAGAAAUUUAUUUUCUCUCAGGAGUCACUAUUCUAAAAAACAAAGCUGUAGUUCAGACAACUUAGGUCUAAUAUUAGAUCUGCAGUAACUAGUGACAUGGGUAAGACCAAGUUGUCUGUUGCACACAAGCCUUGGGACAAAAGAAGUUUUUCCUAUAUAUGAUGCAAUGUCACAUCAGUAAUGAGGAGUCAUUGCCUUGACAGAGACUUAUGGGAACACAACCUGCUAUUAACAUCUGAAGUUGGACACAGCAGAGACUCUGGCCCUGUAGAACAACUUUGGCAGAGUGGGAAGGAGGCCCCCAGCUGUGCUGGCUUUCUGACUCCCCUCCCAACCACAUAGCAGGGGAAAUGCAAGCAGUUUCUGCUGCCUGCCUGGGGCAGAACCUAGGAUCUAGUCUGUAUUUUACACACACUGCCUGAGCCUGCAAACAUUCAAGCAUGUGUGUAACCACUGAUAAUGACUGUUCCCAUUGAACGUCACCAGAGGAAAGUCACUGAUGUUGGCAUCCAUAGGACUGGGCCAGUGCAGUCAUCUGUGCCAUAUUUACUGAGCAAUGAUUUAUCUUGCUGGGUAGAUGAUUUCAAACUCAGAUUAAAGUAUUAAUCAAUCCAGUUUGUUAAUGUUACAGUACCUUCACAUUCUAAUAAUACCCCAGUACAACAAACAUUUCUAUACUGAAAGUGAGCUUUUAGACUCUGACAGCCUAAAUUCUGUCCAAGAUACCAUAUCUGUAUUUAUCUGCUUCUUACAUAAAGCAAGUUCUCCCUGCUUCAGAUCCUCAAGCUAAAGCAACACUGAGGUCAACCUAAAUGCAAAGGGGUGUUUUUGUGCAAUGGAAAAAGACAAUUUACUUCUUGCCAGAAGUUGCACUCAAGUACUAAACACAGACUAUUGUGGGAAAAGCAUGGUUUGUUUGUUUAUUUCUUUUAGAGUCACUGAAGUCAAGCCUCAAAUCCUUUCGGUCAGUAGUUACAUGUUGAGGGCCAGUGCUUCAACUGAUGCAUAUUUAGUUUUAAUUUCAGUGGAGUGCCACAGAUUUAUACCAGCUGAGGUUCUGGCCAAGAAACUUUAACUUGUACUGACAAGGGAAGGAGAGAGAAUGUUUCAUAUAUUAUUUUGAAUCUUUUCAGUUUUAUUAGUUCUGAAACAGAACCCUUGAGCUGGUUGGAAAUUUUCACUUUAAAAAAUUGACAUUGAUUGACAAACUUUCACAUGCCCACCUCCUGACUUCUUUUUUUUUUUUUCUGAGCAGAUCUGUAGGAGGGGGAACGAAAAAAAAAGUCCAACUAAAAAGCUUACUUCUUUCUCUAAGGCAGUUUUUUUUCUGGUGGAAGUAAAUUCAGGUUUUUUCAACCAGCUCUACAGAAGAAUUACUAUAGUUUAAUUAAUCCACUUAGGACACUAAUGAGAGAUGAAGGUUUGAAUUUCUGCUGGUAUAAAAUGAUGUAGUACUGUUUAAGUUAAUGGACCUGUCUAGUCAACACCAGCAAAGAAUUUGGCCUGUUAUACUUAUGUUGGCAGUUUAGGGCACUAAAUCUAAUGUAGAAAUGAGUGUGCCCUGCAAUAACACACUGACCCAGCUGGGGAAGUGGAUUAAUAAGAAAAGUCAGUAUUAAAUGUCCUCUCUGGCUUAGGUCUAGUAACCUGGGAUAAGUGUCAAGCAUAUUAGAAUUUUAAAAUAAAUUAAUACAUUAACUUAUCUGAUUUAAAUAUCAGCAAAUACAAGGUUGUCUGUCAUCCUUUAAACAAGGGGGAAAAGAAACCCUCAUUUGUGUAGUGUUUUCAAGACAACCUGAAUCGGGGGGCCUGUUCGAACUCCCAUUGCAUCAAUGGCAAAACGGCCUGUUGCAUUCCGCAGGAGUUGGAUCACACUUUCUGUGAGCAGAUCGCUCAGUGUAAGUAAUACUGGUCAUUUGUGUAUCAAGUGUCAUUACGGUAGCUGCUCCCAGAAAGUCAUCAAAAGGGCAUGGCAGUCACAGUGUAACACAACUAAACUGUAAUGUUAAUGCUUCAGGUUCAUUCCUGUUAUGUGGUACAUAUUGUUUUAAUACUUUUAAAUAGAGGAUUAUUGAUCUCAACAGCUGCUUGUUACUUGAUGCACAGCAAGUUGGGGGAGGGCGGAGGGGUGUUAAUGAAACUUUGUAUGUGUGUAGAGGUUGAUAUGGGUUACAGGAUGCAUUAGGUUUGCGUUCUGUAACCUUGAGGUACAAUGUUUUGUUCUGUCUCUACAGGUUCUUUGGCGGGACUUUUAUUUUUCCUCUUGUACUUUUGUGAAGUCAACUGAACGCCUACAAAUGAAACACGUUGGUAACUUAACUUAAGCAAAUGUUGGCGCACACAUUGGCUGAACUGGGUUUGUGGGUUCUUAUCUUAGAUUAUUAGAGCUGGUCAAAAAAAAAGUCAGACACUUUGAAGAAAAAUGGUAUUUUUUUCUUUAAAAUGUUUUGAAAUAUUUCUUCCACUCUCUCCUCCGCCCUUUUCCUGUUUCUAUUCUGAUACCAGGAAAGAAGGAUAAAAAAGAGGAGAGAAGCAAACUAUUUAAAUUUGCAAUUUUAAAAAAUUAACAUUUUUGGUCAAAUUUCCCAUAAAAAAACAACUGGCCCUUUUACCUGCUCUAAUGAAUUACAUCAUGCUGUUUUGCCUAGUGGAGCUCUAAUUGGUGGUGAUUCCAUUUUCUAAAUCAGAGAGAUCUGAUCAAAAACUUACCGGGGCAAAUUCAAGUCUAUGGAAGGUUAAGGGCCCGUAGCCCAGAUUUGUUUACCUACAGAACAAGGCAAAUUAUUGAUAGCUUGAGUAUGUUAAUAGCAAUCUGUUUGAGGAGGUUUUUUGGUGCUGAAUGACAGAUUUUAGGAAAGGUAUGAGAAUGAUUUGAAUCUGCUCUUUGGGGACUGAUCCUGCAUUCCUUGGGCAGUCAAAACUCCCACUGACUUGAGGUUUGGCUGUCCAAGGAAUGCAUGAUUACGUCCUUAAGCUACAGGGGAGCAGUGCUUCAAGCUGCCUGCAUUAUCCAGUUGUCUCAGCCAGGAUACGGAGCACCUGUUUCCAGGGCUGAGAAGGUAGAGUACGGCGACUGAAUAUUCAAGUCUAUACAGUGGUGGGUUUUUGUGUGAUGGGUCUUACGUCUCUGGAGGUAUCUGGUAGGAUUUCCCCCCACUGUUCCUACCACUGUCUUAGCGCGACAUGUGAUAGCACCGACAGGAACACUAAUGUAGACUGGAUGCUGGAGUUUGAACCAUCAUGCUGCCCUGCCCGGCUCAGAGCAGGUUUAAAUGAUACAGUGCUUGAAACACAAGCUGACCCCAGUAGCUUGUCUCUGUUAGAGCCCCACUGCUGCUGUCACUGAUGGAGAUGAGCCAGCAGUAGCAACAGAGGAGAGGAGGUUUUAGAGGAGAAAAAAGCCUAUUGUAGAUAAGGGCUUAAUGGGCCUAUUUACACUGACCAAGGAAAGUGUGUUCGCUGGACAGCUGGUUUAAAAAAAAAAAAAAAAAAAAGUGUUGAGGGAGAUCCAGAAUUUUGCCAACAUUUCUACUGAAUUUUUCCAAAGGUCAAAAUUUUACCAGUUUCAAGAAAUGUGACCAGUUCUAGUUAGUGGCUCUGUAGUGAACUGUGCUUUGGGUUAAUACAGAGGUGUUAGCCUAAUUUCUUUGACUGGGGUGAAGAGGACCUCUGUAACAAAGUAUGUAGGCUAAUAGCUUUGAUGAUCAGUAUAAUGUGGAUGUUUAGCACUUGCUGUUGCACAUGGGAAGAACUGCCAGAAUAGCAAGAGACGCUUGAUACUUGCUCCCAAAUAGAUUUGGGUAGUACAUGCUCUCAUGCAAGAGAGACUAGGGAUUGUGCAUUUAGUUCCCUUUUGCUUAGAGCUGAUGCCCAUCAUUCAAUCGCAAGAACUCUAGCCUCUCAUUUCUUAGGCAUAAAUCCUUCUUUGCAAGGUUUCUAAACCUAAAAGCUGUACAUGUAAGCAGAGCCCAAAUCUAUUUGGGGUGCAAUUCUGCAGUCCUGUCUUGGGCAUGAUCCAUGAUGUGAAUUUUUAGAGAGCUGAGAGGAAACAAAUAUUAAGCAGUCAUCCUGGUUAUCAGAAGCUCAUACCAAUAGACUGGGAGGGUAGUUGCUUUUAUUGCAUGAUUUUGAGAUAUAAAUACACACUGAGAGAGCUAAAUAGUGUAAAGCAUUGUUGAGGAUAAUAUUAAAGUGACUUUUGGCAGCCACCGGAAAGAUAAGGUGCAGCGCUUAUCUAUUCAAUGGACUUCAGAUCAUGUCCAGAGCUCAGAGUAAAUAACAAGAUUCCAUGCAGGAAGAGUCAUGCUUCCAAAUGCCAAUUCACACUUGCUGGCUACCAUCACUUGGCUCACAAAUAACUAGCCAGGUUGCCCUUUAAGGGUUUACCUUGACUAGGAUUUAAAGGUAUGGUGGUAGCAGGGGCCAGCUAACUGACCUGUUCUAAAAGUCCAGACAAGGCCGUGUAUAAUCUUAAAUCAUGCUGAGCUGUUCAACAUUGCUGCUGUUAAGGGAAUUCACUGCCUUCUCUACACUCAGCUUUUAGAACGAAUUGGUCACCACCAUCAGACAAUGCAUCUUUAAAUCCUAGAACUGAUAAACCCUUAAUGGGUCUUUCACAACGCAUGUGCCGUUAAUCUGUAGUUUGAGUCAAUAAAAUCCAUUGCGCUAUAUAAUUUACUGGCAGUUGCUCCAGUAAGCAGGGGAGGAACUUUUUUUAACUGGAUCUCACCAGAGCACAUCCUCUACCACACCCAUGUCCUUGAGCAUCACUUAACCUUUUCACUGCUGCACAGAAGAGCAUCUGCCUGUCUCGGUGCUUAUACCGUGCCCACCACCAUGAUAUCGGAGUGUUUUAGGGUGCCCAUUUUAAACAAACGGAGGAGAAUACACCUGAAAUGCUUCACAUCAGGGAAUUUUUAGAUAUUAAAAUUCUUGGGACUUUAAUCACAUUCAGUAACCAGGCUAUUGCUAUCCACAGCUAUAACAUGGUUACUGAAGACAAUUAAGAUCCACUCUGUGUUACAUGCACCAUGUUUCAGCCAGUUGCUUUGGUAAAUUCAAUCUGCAGUGUGGAUCAGCCCUAAACCAGUCCAGAGUGAGGCUGCACUAAGACAUUCCUCUAGCUUUUCUCUUCUGCUCUGCAUAGCAAUCUAGUUAAAUGCCGUGAUUCAAACCUAUAUUUGCAAGACAGAGCCUCACCAUGUAGCUUAGCCCAGCACCCUGUACCUCAUAGACAGAUGCAGAUCAUCAUACGUAUGUAUGGAUUGCUGUAGUUAAGGGCACUUUUCAGCCAAGUCUGUGAUACAAAAAAUUCCACUGUAAAUAUUACAUUGCAUUCCUUAAAUUGGGGGCGUUGGGGUUUUGGAGGGACAAUAAACUAAAAGUCUUGCAGCUGUUUAACUGUAAAAGUAAUCCUUAGGUUCCUUUUUUUCUUUCUCUUUUUGGGUGAAAACUUGAAGCAUAGUGGAAAAUAUGUAUUUAAUAAAACUGGACGUCCUUGAUCCAUUUCCUGCACCCACUUUGAACUUGCACACAAUUUUAUUUGUUAACUGGAUGUUAGUGUCACAGCUGUAACAGUAGAGCUGUCGACUUUCCUGGCAUCAUUCUUAGUGGAGUGAAUUCAUUGUGGUCUGUGGAGGUGGAAUAAAGCCCUCUGGACAACUUAAGCUGCAGGUCAAGCCUAUGAAGAAAGGUGUGGGCAGGGGUCCCCUCUAUGCACCACAGAGGAGAUCUCUUUGUGGGAGGCUGGCACUUAAAUGGAUCCAGUGUCCAGCAACCACCCUGUAGAGGGAUUGCAGCUAUUCCACCCUACAGACUGGAACAGACCAUGCAUGACUGUUCUGUAACCCCGGUCUUCCCAACGUAUACCCCAUCUUGUCUUCUACCCUGCCCAAAGCCCAUUUCCCUGGGCUUGGUGCAGGGAGAAUUUCACUCCACAUGAAGACUUUAGUAUACUACAGAGCAGUAAAUGUUGCACUUACAGUAUGUUUAAAUACUGGUAUAUUUUGAGAAUUACUGUAAAUUCUAUCGUGGGAGCCAUUCAGUUUGCUUCGUUGCACAGACUGUACCUCUGUUUAUUGCAUGAUUAUUUUUAGUCCUUGUGCCUUUACUCGUCUGCCAUGAAGCUACAGAUUUUUUUCCCCAUUUUAUCUAUUUUGGGCACAUACAUAAUUUUUUUUCCAUUUGAUCUUCAUCUCUGCGUUUCAUGUACUGUAAAGGUGUAUAUGUAAAAUAGACCAGAUUUGUAUUUCAUGUGCCUCAAUGGGAUGUAAAAAAAAUACUCAUUUUGUACAGGUUUUUCUUAGAAGCACUAUGUCAUGUCCUAACCUACUUAGCAAAUUAAAUUUAAAAAUAA